UAAAAACCAGAAACCAGUAGCAGAAAGUACAACGACCUUCCUGCUGCACAAGGCUCUCGUGCACUAUAUAUACUGUUAGCUCUGGAAGAAGUGGCAUAGUUACCCGAGGUAAGAGAUCGACAAUUCUAAACAUGAAGACCGCCCUAGCCUGCCUGUUGCUCGUUGGAGUAGCCCUGGCAUACCCAAACGAAAGGGUUUAUGGAGCUCAUGGUUCACUGGACCUCGACGCCGUCCAUGGUUCCAUCCCCGCUAGCGCAUUAGGUCCCGAUAGGAUCGUUGGCUCCACGGCUAAUGCACGCCUCUCUCACUACGUGGAUCCUCAGUUCGCCCCAGGUAAUGCCGGCUCAGUCUUCGACCUCCCGAAGGAAGAAGGACCUGUAUACUCCGGGGCUCGUCCUAGCUCCCCUGGAUACGAUAGCAGAUUUCUUGGAUGGGCCGGUAAUGGUUUCGCCGCACCAGCAGCAGCAGCUCAUGGAUUGGUCGCUCCAGCAGUUGCCGCCCCCAGACUCGCACCUCCAUCCCUCGCUGGUUCCGCAGCGGGAGGCCCUGUCACUCCUGGAUACCAAAACAGAUUUCUUGGAUGGUCCGGUAAUGGUUUCGCCGCUCCAGCAGUAGCAGCUCACGGACUGGCCGCUCCACCAGUAGCAGCCCCACGUCCAUCCUACGGUGGUUCCGCAGCUGGUGGCCCUGGCUCUCCAGGAUACGUAAACAGACUUGUUGCAAGUGCUAUAGCACGCCACAAUACUCCAUGGGGCGCAAUUGGACACGGACAUACACUCAGAUAUGGACCUCACUACUACCAAUAA